AUGAAGCUGUUAGUCUGUGUGCUGAGUGUGUGCGCCCUGGCCGCUGCCCAGGACUUCAAGGAGUGCCUGGACAAGGAUUCGAUCUCCUGCCUCCAGAUGACGUUCUACCGCAAAGCGCGCGACUUCUUCGACCAGCCACAAAUCAGCCUGGCCGGUGGGCUGUCGUUCGUGAAGGGGGCCGGCGCCCGGGACUCCCGCGCCUACGUCGACGCCGGUGCGCCGGUUGAGUCGGCCAACAGUGUGGAGACGCGCGAGGACGCCCUGGAGAACUACGUGUUCGAGCGGUCGGUCAGCUUCCUGCGGGAGCGCUCGCUCAACCUCGACAUGGCCGGCGCCGCCCGCAGCCUGUCCUCCGUCAUCCCGGACGAGGUCAAGGGCCAGAUGCGCUCGAUGGUGGCGGAAGCGCGCGGCAAGAAGAAGAUCCUGAAGGCCCUGCUGCCGAUCCUCGGGCUGGUGAAGCUGAAGAUCGUCGGCCUGGCGCUGCUCGCCCUGCUCGGCAUCGCGCUGAUCGCCAAGAAGGCACUCAUCGUGUCCGUUAUCGCCCUCGUCCUGUCCAAGUUCCUCUUCCUGAAGAAGCUGCUGUCGAAGAAGGACGAUCACGGCACCGCGUACCACGGCUCGUCCGGUGGCUGGGAGUCGAGCGGCUACGGUGACUACGGUUCCCACAGCCAGCCCGCCCACUCGAUCGCCUACGCCGGCCACAAGCCCGCCCGGAAGUAA